GCUUUUCUGUACUAUCAUUUUACAACGCAGUCAAUCCACGCUUCGUAUUUGUAGUUUAAGCCACGCAGAGUUCGAGCAACGCUAGAAACAAUUUGUCAGGUUGGACAAUAGCCUUGUAUCAACAGAGGUAAUACACUUUUGAGGACGGUGACCUGAACGAGUACGCAGAGUGUGCACCCUUCUCGCCAGCGGCUCGCUAAAUUGCGGACCAUCCUUCUCUUGGCUCCACAAGUCGCCGCGCCAUGCCGCGCAAAAGCCACAGCUGUCUCAAACUAGAAGCUUUGUAACGCAGACCUAGAUUCAGCGUCUUCGGGAUGCCUCCUACCCCGCCACCCCCGCCUGGGCCUGGCUAUGCAAACCAGCCGGGGGCCUACCUCCCACAGCCGGGCCAGCCCCUUCCUGCCUACGGCACCGCGCAUCCUGGUAACGGCUCACACCUCAUGAAUGGCUAUCCACACUCCUCGGCUUCUGCGUCUAGCGCUGUUGCGCCGGGCGCGGGGUCGGGGCCGCUAGCCUCCGGCCUGAAUCGCAGCCGCAACACCAUCUAUGGACCCUUGCCAGGCACAAGUGGCAGCUCCGCGAGUGGCAUCGGCGGCAGCAUCGGCGGCGGCGGCGGUGGCAGCUCCGGCGGCGGCAGCGGCCUGGUUGCAAUGGCGGGACCCCUGGCCGCCAAGUUGGUGCGGGACGCGGCGCCGCCGCCCGCGCCGCCGCCUCCUGAGCCCGCGGUCCCCGCCUUUGCGCCGCUCAAGGGCAACCUUGUUCGGUCUACAACCACGGCGCACACGCCGGCGCCGCAACAGCCGCAGCCGCUAAUGCAACAGCAGUACCAUCACCAACAGCCGCAUCUGAUGCACCAGUCGCCAAUGCAGCCGCCGCACCACCAGCACCACCAGCAGCCGCCGGCGGCGGCCAUGCCCUAUUCCCGCCACAUGUCGAUUGCGCCGCAGCACACCUCGCCGUACAUUGCCGUACAUCAACCACAGCAACAGCAGCAGUUGUACGACAACGGGUAUGGUGCCGUACCUGCAGCCGCGGCUGGGCCGGUCGGCAGUAGCACCAGCGGUCCUGGCAAGUACGGGCCGCUCCCGGACCGGCGGGGCGGCAGUAGCGGCAGCGGUGGCGGUGGCGGCGGGGUCAGCGGUGGCGGCGUCGGAAGUAGCAGUGGCGGCGGCGGCGUCCCGCCCGCCGCCGGUAGUGGUCUGGUGGCGGCGGCGGCGGCGCUGAGUGCGGGCGUGAUGGCCAAUCGCGUGCGGCCGGUGGCGGCGCCCGGGCAGGCCCCGCCUGCUGCCGCGGCCGCGGCCGGCAGCGCCACGGGUGCAGCGGGCGCGGGUCCGGGCUUCUCGCCGCUCCAGCAGAUGUUGCUGCAGCAGCAGCCCUUCCCCACCACGCCGCUGGGCUACCGCGAGGUGCAGCUGCAGCAGCAGCACCAGCACCAGGGGCUGCAGCAGCAGGGGCCACAGGAGUACCAGCAGCCCAUGGGAGCACCGCCGCUACCGCCGCCGCCGCCGCCGCAGCAGCAGCAGCAGCAGCGGUAUCAGGCAGGGGAGCAGCCGCGUGCGGCGGCGCUGCCUGCCGCUGACGUGCACCGCAAGCAGAUCACGGCCAGCAAAAUGCCGGAGUGGAUGCGCAAGGAAGUGGAGCCGCGGCUGGCGGCAGGAGCAGGCGCCGGGGCAGGGGCAGGGGCAGGGGCAGGGGCAGCAGCUGCGGCCGUGUCCGUGUCCGUGCCAGCUCAAUCCACCUCAGGGGGCGGGGGCGGGGGCGCGACGCCGCCGCCCGCCCCUGCGCCUGUGGCAGACAUUGCCCCGCGCGCUCCUCCUCCUCCUCCGCCGCCGCCGCCACCGCCGAUGCAGGCUGCGCCGCAAGCGCUGCCCGCCCGGGCUGCAGCUGCGCAACCGCCGCCUCCCCCGCCUCCUCCGCCGCCGCCGCCGCCACAACAGACGCGGGCCGUCGUCGCCGUCGCCGUCGCCGUUGCGCCGCCGCCACCUCCAGCAGGGCCCCCGCCGCCACCGCCGCCGGCUGCAGCGGCGCAGCCCCCGGCGCCACCGCUGGCACCGGCGCCGCCGCCGACGUCGGCCACGGGUGCGCCUAUGUGGUCCUUUUCGGCGGCGGCCGUUGGGGGGCUGCCGAGGGGACUCGAAGGGCCGCGCGGCGGUGGCUCCUGGUCAGGCGAUGACGAAGAUGGCGGCAGCGCUGGCCGGGGCCACGUGACAAAGACAGCAGCAGCAGCACCACCGCCGCCGCCGCCUCCUCCACCGCCUCCGCCGCAGCCAGUGCUGCCGGCAGGCAGCGUGAAGGCAGCAGCGGCGGCGGCGGCGGCGGCAGCGGCAUCAACUGCUGGCGGUGACGCCAAGGGAGCUGGGGGCCGGCUGCGGGAGUCGAGCCCCGCGGCGCGGGAGGUGCGCACAGGCGCCGUCGCAGCUGCGCGGCAGUCGCUAGCGGCGGUCCCGGCGACCGAGCCCGCGGCAGGACACAGCAAAACGCCGCCGCCCGCCGCCGGCGCCCGUGGCUCCGUCGCGGCUGCUACUGCCGCAUACGCUGCGGCUGCUUCCACGCCGACAGGGCCCGCGGCGGCGCCGCCGCCCCAAAACGGCGGCGCGCAGGCCGCGGCGGGCGGCCGCCGCUCUGGUGCAGCGCAGUGGCCACCACAGACGCCGGAAGCGGGGCCGGAAGCGGCGGCGGCCUCGGACAGAACACCAGGCAGCGGCGUGGCGGAGGCGGGUGCGGUGAAGAGCGGCUUGGCGGGCUGGCUAGCCAAAGGCGGCGCCAGCGCGCCGCGGCAUCGGCGCAGUGGAAGCGGAAGCGGAAGCGGAAGCGGCUCUGACAGUGACGGCGGCCGGCCUCACCACCCACACCACCGGCGCGCACAGCCGCACCAAGCGCCGCCGCCUCCACCACCGCCGCCGCCACCGGCUGCGGUGGCCAGCUCCGCCACGCCUCCCAGCAAGGCGGCCUCGAAGAAGGCGACCCUGGAUGCCUUGACAGCUCGCUUCGCGUCACGGGACCCCCUGGCAGACGGCGGCAGCGCCGCCGUUGCCGGCACGUCUGACGGCGGCGGUGCCGCCGCAACUGUCGCUGCUGCGCCGCCGCCGGCAGCCGCGCCAGCCCGCACCGGCGGCGGCUGGUUCUCUAGCUUCUGGGGUGGUGGAAGCGGUGGCGGCGCCGGCGGCGCCACGACUUCGUCGCCGUCUCAAUCUGGCGGCGGCGCCGCCGCUGCACCCGCCGCCGCUGGCUCCGCUGCCUCGCCGCCUUCGCGUAAGGGCGCCGUGGCGGCCAGCGGCGGCGGCGGCGGCGGCGGCGGCUCGGUCCGUGGCAGCCGUGACGACGGCGGGGACGCUGAUGGCAGUGCCGGUCUGGAGGGGCCGCAGCCCUGCGCCACGCCGCUGGGGGUGCUGUCAGCGGUGCAUGCGCAGCGGCUGCGCGCGGCGCCGUGGGCCGCGUCAACGUCGACGUCAGCGUCAGCGGCGUCCGGCGGCAGCGCCGCCAACGGCGGCCGCGGCGCGGCUGGCGGCGGGGACGACAGCGACGAGUACCAGUCGGCGGAGGAGGGGUCGCCGUCAGUGGGGCCCUCGCCUAAGAAGGCGGCAAAAGCGACGGCGGGGACGGCGAUGACGGUGGUCAAGUCAAAAGCGGCGCCACCGCCACCGCCACCACCGCCGCCGCCUGGCCCGCCGCCGCCGGCGGUGAUAAAGGCAGGCGGUUCAGCCAAGGCCGCGCCGCCUCCGCCCCCGCCGCCAGGGCCGCCGCCACCACCUCCCUUCUCAGGCAAGGCCGGCGGCCCGCCGCCGCCACCGCCCGGCCCGCCGCCACCUCCAGCCAUCCGCCCCGGCGGCGCACCGCCGCCGCCUCCCCCUGGCCCGCCUCCUCCUCCCCCUGUCUUGCACGGCGGAGCCAAGGGCGCGCCGCCGCCGCCACCGCCGCCCGGCCCGCCGCCUCCUGCUCGCCGGGCUGCCCCCGCAGCCGGCGGCGGCGGUGAGGGCAUGGAUGCCGUGUUUGCGGCCAUCCGAUCCGGCAGCAUCGCGCUCAAGCCCGCGGCGCCGCGACAGCAGGCGGGCAACGGUGGCGGCGGCGGCGCGGGUGGCGGCGGCGGGGCCCAGGCCGUGGCGUUGCGGGCGGCGUCGCCGGGGGCGGCUGGGCUGCGUCCUGGCGGCGGCGGCGGCGGCGGCGGCGGCAUGGAUGACGUGUUGGGCGCGAUCAAGUCCAGAGCGUUCCACCUUCGCUCAAGGUCGCGCUCCGACGCCGGGCCGGGCCGCAAGGGUCAGGAGAUGGCGGCGGCCGCGGCGGCUGCAGCGACCAGCGCCGCCAGCAGCCGCCACGCCAGCGACCCCCAGGCCCGGCUGAUCGCGCGCGCUCAGCAGCUGCGCAGCGUCAUGGCGCUGGACGCCUGCAGCAGCGGCGACGAGAGCGACAGCGGCGGCGGCGGCGGCCGGGCAGGCGGCAGGGGCGGCGUGGGCGCAAGCAGGGCGUGGGCCAAGGACGACUAGGCAGGGGCCGGGGUCGAGGGCGUGAGGCAGGGUGGGAUAUUACAAUCCCGAAGGAACAAAGGGGUGACUUGACGGCUAGGCUGAAGUCUGAGGGGAGUGGUAAGGCGACUGCCGCGGAGGCAAUGCUGGAGUGAUCAUGCGGGGGACGGCUCUAUGCCUGAAAGCCCGAAGUCACCGCGACCCAGAACCCAGCCGGGGUGUGUGGAGGUGGUGUGGGGGCCGGGGGGGGGGAGCGGGCAUGACUGGGGAAGGGGUGUCGAGCAUGACGGCAGGGCAGGGUCGGGGUGUCGGGGCCGUGUGGGUGCAGGAUGGGCCCGCGCGCGUGGACUGUGGCCGUGGCCUGUGCUCGAGGUCGUGUUGGCGCCGGGUGUGGGCGUCAUGGAGGGGAAGUGCAAGGAGGGCAGUGAUUCGUCCUCGUGUCCUCCAGAGUGGGGCAGUGGUCAGUGGGUGUUGCUUGUACGCCCGCUCCCGUCGCGCUGGGGGACUGUCGGAUGGCGUGUUGGCAUGCUGCCGGCGCCGGGCGGCACGCAGGAUUGCAGGGCCUCUGGGGCGGCGUGCUCUGCCGGGCGGCAUUUCGGCCAGGAGAGCCCAGUGUGUGGUGCAGUACCGUAAUGUGCCAGCUGACUGCUGACCCACGUGACCGCGUCGUU